UUGCCGUAUCAACACAAUAUUUACAAGCAGCACUGGAGCGGUCCACAGAUUCAUUCGAACCACGUGCGUAAAGUAGGGUUUUCGUUGUAAUAGACGAAAAGAUGACGAAGGACAAGUAUGAUGUUAAAUCGAGAAGUAAAGAAAAUGGAGAAGAUUCUAGCCUGACACAGAAAGACGGAGAAAAAGUAGAACUAAAACGUCGAAUCACACUGUUCAAUGGCGUCGCAAUCAUCGUUGGAUCGAUUGUUGGAAGCGGUAUUUUUCUAACCCCGAAAGGUGUACUGGAAGGGGCUGGAUCGGUUGGCUUGUCACUAGUGGUAUGGGCAGGAUGUGGAGUCAUCUCCCUUGUCGGAGCUCUUUGUUAUGCAGAACUUGGCACCACAAUCACACGAUCUGGAGGUGACUAUGCAUACAUGUUGGAAGCUUUUGGGCCUUGUAUGGCUUUCUUACAGCUAUGGGCAAAUCUCAUCAUCAUUCGACCUACAGCGCAGGCCCUGGUGGCGUUAACCUUUGCCUACUAUGUACUGCAGCCGAGCUUUUCAACAUGUGACCCCCCUCUCAUGGCUCUUAAGCUCCUAGCUGCUUUGUGUAUAAGUAUUUUGACAUUUGUAAAUGUGUACAGCGUUAGAGCUGCCACUAGGAUACAGGACAUAUUUACAGUCGCAAAGAUUUUGUCCCUUAUCAUCAUAAUCAUCACGGGUUUUGUUCUUAUUGGACAAGGUGAGACGGAAUACUUUGAGAAUCCCUGGGAGUCAAGCACAGGGAAGGGUGGAGAUAUUUCUGGAAUAUCCCUGGCUUUGUACAAUGGACUGUUUGCUUAUGCUGGAUGGAAUUUCCUGAAUUUUGUCACAGAAGAAAUGAUCGAUCCUUUCAAAAACCUGCCCAGGGCUAUCUACAUCUCCAUCCCCAUAGUAACAGCAGUGUACAUCCUGACUAAUAUCGCCUACCUCACCAUCAUUUCGCCAUACGAGAUGUUGAACUCAAAUGCUGUCGCUGUGACAUUUGGAUACAAAGUAUUCAGUGUGAUGGCAUGGAUUGUACCAGUUUUUGUAUCCCUCUCCACAUUUGGAGGUGUGAAUGGUCUACUCUUCACAUCAGGAAGGCUGUUCUUUGUCGGGGCACGGGAGGGACACCUUCCAGAUUUCCUGUCCAUGAUACAUCAUCGUCGCUUCACACCCAUGCCUGCGAUGUUGUUCACUGGCCUCCUCUCAUUGGUCAUGCUGGUAGCAGAUGAUGUUUCUUCCCUCAUCAACUACAUGAGCUUUGUUCAGUGGUUGUCUGUUGGAAUGUCAAUUGUCAAUCUCAUCUAUUUACGGAUCAAACAGCCCGAUAGACAUCGUCCGAUCAAGUUCCCACUGUUUAUCCCCUUCCUGUUCCUGGUAUUUGUAUUAUUCCUGUUAGUGAUACCACUGUACGCUGCACCAUACGACACUGGCAUGGCUGUGGUCAUUAUUCUCUCCGGAGUGCCUGUUUAUGUUCUUGGUGUUGUUUGGAAGAGCAAACCAAAGAUUGUCACAAAUUUUAUCGGGAGUUGUACAGUGCUCGGACAGAAGGUGUGCGAAGUGACCAAGCAGGAAGAUUAAAUUAUUCCUAACAAGCCUAUUUUAGUGGUAAUCAUAUUUUCAUAGUUCAACUCCGCCAUAGCCGGUCCCAAGCCCGUGUUGAGAAAGGAGGAGGCUGUCAUACCUGGACUACUGCCCCAUGUAUACCACAGCCCAGCAUUCUGACCCCUGACCUGUGAUCAAACCAUUAACCUGCGGUCUAACCGCUGACCCAAGAUCUGGUGUGGGAGAUUUACCUAAACCAGGCAACAAACUGGUCUGUGAAUCAUUGGUUUCAUUUGUAGCAUUCACAUGUGAAUACAUUAUGAAAAAUAUCAAAUGGAAAUAUUAAAGGGAUAUUCAUUUUCUUGUUGAAUGAAUACAUGAAUACAUCUCAUUAGUUUCAAAACAUUUUCAAAAAAAGUUUUGUUUGUGAUUGUUAUAGGUGUAUGUUAAUGGUGGUGAAACCAUCAACUUGUCCUUUAUUUGUGUCACACACUGUUUCCUGUAUGACUCAUGAAAGUAUGGUUACUCUAACAUAAGCUUGUUUGUUUUAACGGAAAUCUUAUGUGUUCAAAUUUUGAAAAAAAAAAACUGAAAAAAAAACAUCCAUCAUCAUUUGAAUGACCACUGCAUUAUUUGUGUAUCAUUAUUCUUGGAGGAUAUGAACAUCAUCUGUAUGCAUUUUUAUUUUAAAAUGAUUUACCAUUUCAACAUUUGUAUAAUGUUCUCAUGGCCAAGAAAUGCCAGGCAGCCUGAUACUACCGUCACUGCUACAGCUUCAUGCUUUAGCUUCUGAGGUGAUGGUUGGAUAAACGUUAUCCAGAUAUUGUUGGCAAGAGAUUAUCAAGUGUGAUAUUUUUAAGUUUGUAAAUGGUGUACGUGUAUUUGCUCUUUUUCAAAAGAGUUGAGUGAAAUCAUGCUCAUUUAGACAGUUUGUCAAAUUAACAGCUACAUGAGCUUGUAUGUGUGAUUGUGUGCAUGCUGGAGUAUGAUAUGAUGUUUGUAUCAUCUACACCAAAAUGUUGUUCAUUAUUUAAAUUGUUGACACCAUCUUUCACUAGGCCAAUGUGGUGAUACACCAUGAGAUGUUUACGUUAAUGUUUCUUGUAUCAAUCUGUAUUUAUUAGCUGUGAGAUUUAGUUUGAACCCAUUGCUACUUCCCACAUACAGUUACUUAAAUUUAAGAAUUGAAAUUAUUUCAGUUGGCAUUCACGGAAAAUAUAAAUGCCAAGUGGAAAUGACAAUUUGAACACAAAGCAAUAUCAUAGCUCCUAGAUUUUAACUUGGAUGUUAUGGGAAUGAAUGUAAUGUUCUUUUUAUCAUAUACCUUUGGUGCUCCAUUAAAUCAUAUUAAAUCACAUAUCUUGCGAUUACAAAGACGGUGUAUUAUCAAAGAAAAAUACCACUGAUGUCUGUGACAUCAUUACAUUGUUCGUUAAGUCAGCAAAUAUUUAUCAUAAAAUAUAAAAUAUGAUAUUCAUGUUUUUCUGAUUUGACUGCAAAAAUUCAUUCCUAAACUUUUUUUUUCCACCACUUCAAAAUAUAAGAAAAGAUAUCUUAAAGAAGUUUUCAUCAGCAGUGAUGUUUCCAUGAUUUCCAUCGUUACCAUUGGUAAAUCUGUUCAGGGAUAAUUUAACAGAAGUGUAUAUCUAUUCAACCUUUAUUUUCUUGGUUAUGACUAAAACAUCGGAUUCAGCCAAGAAUUUUUUUUCUGUCAUAUAUCAUUACAGAAGUGAAAAUCUGAAAUCUGAAAAUCGUUUUGUGAACAUAUGGAAUAAGUAGUGUGCAUUUUAUUAACAUCAGAUUUAAUAUACAUCGGAGAUUUAUGCCAAAUUUUAAAGAUCCCACAUCUAGUCCUUAUGAAUAUUAUUUAUAUUUAACAACAUUUCCCAUGACGAGGAGGUAAAAAUAUUUGCAUUUCCAGGGUUUUAUCUCAGGUGUAGACUUGGAAUUCAUAUUCUGUAUAUAUUGUAAUAUAAUUUAUUGGAAUUAGUCUUAACUAAACAUAUACAAGAAUAUGUCAGUUAAAUAAUUUUGAAUCUCAAUAGUUACUAGCACCUCUGUCAAAGGCAUUCCUUUUGGUACUUACACAGGGACUUAUAUUGGCAUAUAUAUUUACAAUUCUGAGGUUCAUAUGUAAACAAAUUCUUGAUCUAGGAAUUAAUGCCAAGUCCCUGUGCCUGUACUGUGUACUGGCAUGUUCCAGAACAUCAAUUAUAAUUUACUUUGAUAUUAUACAUUAAUUUAGACAUAUUAAGACACACAUAACACACAUCAAUGUAUAAUUACACUUUUAUUUCAUCCCACUGCCAUUAAAGUUAAAGAUUUAUAAUCUUGUGUACUUAAUUGGACAUUGUUACAAUAUGAACCUUUUCUUCCACAAUUUCUACAUGACACCAGUAAUAUUAUGUUUACAAUAUAUUAAUAUAUUCAUGUCGUUUGAAUUAUUUUUGCUACAUUUGUUCUUGUAUUUUAUGUUAAGUUAUAUGAUAGCACUACACUAUAUAUAUAUAACCCUUAUAUUAUGUACAUAUUUGUACUGCCCACUUUUUUAUGCACUUUUUCGCCUAUAUUUUAAAUUUUAUUGCAAGCAGCGUCAAUUUCAUUUUUAUCCAUGCAAUGCCUUCAUAUAAAUAUAAAUAUAUAAAUAUUGCAUUAAAAAGGGAAAUAAGUUUUCUUUUAAUUUUCAAAUUUCCUAACAGCAAUAUGAGUAGAAGUGUUAUCACAUUAAAAAACUGUUAUCACAGUAAAAGUGAAAUAUACCAAUACAAUGUACAUUGUAUUUGUAAAACAUUUUUCAAUUAAACCUUGUACAAUGUACAUGUGUUAUUUGUUAAGAUUUCCAUUUUAUAUGUGAAGAUAAACAUGUGUUCUAUGCUAAGAUAUAAACAUGUGUUCUAUGCUAAGAUAUAACAUGUGUUCUAUGCUAAGAUAUAACAUGUGUUAUGUGUUAAAAUAUAAACAUGUGUUCUAUGCUAAGAUAUAACAUGUGUUAUGUGUUAAAAUAAAACAUGUAUUCUAUGCUUAGAUAUAACAUGUGUUAUGUGUUAAAAUAAAAACAUAAUUUUGUUAUAUGUUAAGAUAAAGACAUGUGUUAUUUGUUAAGAUUAACAUAAGUGUGAAGAUAAACAUGUGUUAUGUGUUAAGAUAAAAACAUGUUAUGUGUUAAGAUAAAAACAUGUUACGUCUUAAGGUAAAAACAUGUUACGUCUUAAGGUAAAAACAUAUGUUACGUCUUAAGAUAAAAACAUAAUAAUGUUAUGUGUUAUAAUUAAGAUAAAGACAUGUGUUAUGAGUUAAGAUUAACAGAUUAUGUGUGAAGAUAAACGUGUUAAUAUAAUAACCUGUAUUAUGUGAUAAUGGAGAACCUUCCUGCAUUUGAUCUCGUAACUCAUCAAUACCAUGACACGUACCAGAUACUUGUCUUAUGUGACCAUGUACUGAUUCACCUAUUUGUCCUUGAGCAUGCAUGCAUAUAUUGCUCACUUUGUGUGACUGUAAUACUGAUCACCAUUUGUUCUUUGUGACUGGAUCCUAUAUCAGGUGUAAAUAAACAAAACAAUAUGUUUAAAAAGCCAACAUAAAGUUUUUAAAAAAAAUCUGUUUUACGGAACUUAGAGAAAAAUGUCAUUCCAACAAACCUAUGGUUUAUAACAUAUGGGAAAUAUAUAUCUGAAAAGAUAGAAUAAAAAAAAAUGACAAUGUUAAUGAGAGAACUUGGGAAAGAAGGAAUAAAGGAAAUAUAGAUGAGGGAAUGACAGAAUAAGGGGAUGAUGGAAGAAUAGAAAAGGGAAAUAGAAGGGAGGGAAGGUCAGAAUAAGGGAAAUGUAUAGAGGAGGGAAUGACAGAAUAAGGGAAACAGAGAGGAGGGAAUGACAGAAUAAGGGAAAUAGAGAGGAGGGAAUGACAGAAUAAGGGAAAUGUAUAGAGGAGGGAAGGACAGAAUAAGGGAAAUGUAUAGAGGAGGGAAGGACAGAAUAAGGGAAAUAGAGAGGAGGGAAUGACAGAAUAAGGGAAAUAGAGAGGAGGUAACGACAGAAUAAGGGGAGGAUUGAAGAAUAAAAUAAGGGAAAUGUAGUGGAGGGUAGAACAGAAUAAGGGGAGAAUGGAAGAAUAGAAUAAGAAAAUAGAGAGCAGAGCUAUGUUUACAACGCUUUUUUAUCCUUUGUUCGUGCCUAUUGAUGAAUCUCAUGUGUUAAGAUAUAUGUUUUCUGUUUUGCACCCUUGCUGUACGUGAUAUACAGGGACCAGACACAUUGUCAGAAAGUGAUCAUAGUAUACAAGAAUUGUAUUCAUUAUUUAAAUUAUAUGAUAUUAUGUGACUGGCCCCUGUGAAAUUAUGCUUAUCAGCUCGGAGAAUCAUUUAGAUAUCAUUUUGUCUGUAUGUUUUUGCUUAGGUAUGUACUGCUCUAAAGCCUUAUAUUUUGUUGGUACAGUAUUUCAAUGAUUUACAAAUAUGUAAUGGUAUUGUUCCCUCAUUGUUGUCUUUGAUAUUACAAAGCUUAUUAACUAUUUAAUAUUAAUUCAACAAAAACCUGUACCAUAGAGUAUCACAACCAUAUUUAUUGCAGUUAAGUAUGCAUGGAAUAAAUCAACUUCCUUCUUUUGAGUUAAAAUUUGUGUUAACCUCAAGGAUUCAGUUGAAGGACAUAUUGAUAACCUAAACCACAAAAAUAGCAACUACCUGGAAGUUAAAUAAUAUUUCAGAUAUACAUGCAUUGCAGUGAAACCUGUCUAAAAUGAAUUCUGUAUAAUUUGUCAUCUGUUGUAGACAUGUUUAACUACACACUACAGUGUAAUAAUGCCAUAUUAAUGAUCAAGACAAUCACGAGAAAUUACAGAGAGUUUAACAUAGGAUUGAGCACUACAUUUUAUUGUAUGGCUACUCUUUGGAUGAACUUAGGUAAUCUUCUAAAUAAAAUUUGAGAUUUUUAAUUGUGCUUGAAAUUCAAGGGGCAUGGUCCAAAGGAAUUGAAUAUUGCAUUAAAAUUCAUAGAUAUAUUUUUUAAUAAUGGUCCAACCACAAAAUUUAUAACUGUUAUGCAAGAAUGAUGACUUUGGAACUGAUCCACCAAAUUGUUCAUGUGUUUAUUUUUACUGAAAAUGUCAGUGGGGAUCAUCUCAAAAGAUAAGCUAUUUUUUUUUUAGUUUUGAAAUGGUCCCCUAAUGUGAUUUGUGUCUCAUUAAGCCUUGCCAUUCCAUGACAUGAUGUAGUAGAUGCUAGCAACACUGAAGAUGGAAAUGUGUCAAAAUAUUGUAAAUAAAAACAACUGUAGUUUUCA